AUGCCUGUCCCUGACGGAGUCUCUCGCAUUGAGAAGGCAAAAGGGUACUCUCUUCACGUCAUGUCGGUGCUGAAUUGGGUACUCCCAGACUCCAUUCUACACACGUCUGCGAUCCCAGCAGCCAGUGGCAACAACGAGAGCGAAGACGACGAAGAAGAAGAGGAAGAGCCUCUUAUCACUUUGGGUGUGCACGUGAGUUUGUUCCACGCUGUGUCCAAGCGCUUCUUCGGCAACACGUGGGUGAGUCCGGAGCUGGCAGUCGAUCCGUUCCAGAUCAAACAGGCCAAACACCCAAAGGACGGCACUCUGCGCUAUGUGAUCGAGAACGCGCCGUUGAACUUCCGCGCAUACUUCCUCUCCGACAUCAUUGACGCCGACUGCGUUGGAGUAUUGGAACUCGUCGCUUACGAGAAAGAUCCAGACUCCAAGGCCACAGUCCGAGUGGUGGGCUGCGGCUGGACGUUGCUGCCUCUCUUCGCUCGUCAACAACCAGUACAGUCUGGUACCAAGGACGAGCCUAACUCCGUCCCGUCCGCCUUCUCGAUGAACUCAAGCGGAGACUCCGUUAGUGUGUUUACUGGCAGUCCUCGCGCGUUAUGGGAGCUCCAUCCGGAUGCUUGGAGCGCUCAGGAGAAGCACGAAGGCAGCAAGUUUUACUACCAGAUCGUGCAGUACGAACCCAUGCUUUCCAUCGCCAUGUUUCUACGGAAGAACGAGCUCGUGGGUGCUUUGGAUCCGAUCCCAGGCUUGAAGGAUGGCAACUUGGCUAACAUCGACAUGGGGAAGAACCCCAAGAUGCUACUGCAAGAGGAGAACGACACGACGUAUGAAGAAACGUUGGAGUCGUUCGUGAAGAUCGCGUCGCUUGUGCCAAAGUCGGUGCAGAUCGAAGAACCGUUCGAGCUGCAUGUGGUCGCUACUCGCGUGGCUAUCAACUUACGCGACGAGAUCGAGGCCAAUCUCGUCUCUCGGUUGAGGAUCAGUCGUACGGCCAUCCACGAAGGAGCUACCAGUGUCGAAGGAGAGAUCUCGGCGCGAGUACUGAAGAUCGCGCUUCACAAUGGCCGGUGCUUUCGGACUCGACAGUUUAUGAUACCGCUCAAAGCCGACCCGAACGGAGGAGACACACUCUUCUGUGUUCGCAAUCACUCCAAGCUUCGAGGCUUUGUCUUCCACCCGAACAUGGCGAUUGUAGUUGUGCUGCAGUACACGGUGCACUUCCGACUCAUCUGGUCCGCCAAGCUGAAGCAGCAAGCGCUUGAGGCGAAGAAGCCUCUUCCACCGGAUGAAGACGUGGUCUUAGUGACGAUGGGAGCGCGUGCACUGGUGCCUAGUGACGGAAAGAAGCUCUAUCUGUACGACAAGCAUCAUCACGCGACUGCUGCUACUGUCGAACCCUUGGCCACUCUGGGAGGCGUGCUGCUGCAAGAACAAGAGGACCGUCGUCGCGUUCUCCACGUCGAUCUUCUGUCUGGAGCUGCUUGUCGUCCUUACUCGGAUAACACGUUGUAUACCCCGCCAGACCAAGUGACGAGGUCACUUCAGAACCGCGAGGUGUCACUCAAAGAUUCGUUCGCUUUCUGCGACCUGAAGAUCACGAUUGAUGAGGAAGUUCCUGCUACCGAGAGUAACCAGACCGAGGACGACGAGUAUGCUGCAGACCAAUGGGCUAGAAAGCUGCUGGGUAAGGCGAACGACAACCCACUGCUGGCUCAGACACUCAACGCGUUAGCUACAUCUAACCAGGAGAAACCAGAUGAUCAACGUCCAAAGACUCCGUCACCCAAGAAGAAGAAACCGAAAGAACGUCCUGCUGAGCCAACGACUGUAGUCCCUGAGGCCCCUACGUCCGAACUCAGUCGCGCGUCAAAGACUCUUUUGACUCGGUACGGAUACAUGGAACCUCACGAUAAACCGCCAAUGUCUCCAACGAACCAGACAACUCACGAUAAACGCAAGAAAGCAAAGAAGAUCGAACUCAUCGCCAAGUCUGUCGAGACAGAGGUGAACGACCCGUUCAAGGCGAACGAGAUCCGAUUCCAUUUCGCAGCGUAUCGAGCGUGCAGUCCUGGCGCCCACCUGACGGAAGGAAUGACGUGUAGCCCCGCUCCGUCUCGAGUGUAUUUCACCUUCCAGUUCUACAAUUUCCCACCUACACGAACCGAGUCUCUACGACUGAGUAAAGCUUUCGACAAUGGAGCAGGCGGAGAGAUCCAAACGUUCCUAUUGAUGCGAGACACCUCAGCUAAUAAACCGGCACAAGCGAUCCAGCUCGACGUGGACACUACCGCGACAGGGAAUCCGCUGGAGACUCGCCGCUUUGCCGAAUACUUAAAGUGGAACAACCUGUACGUGGAUGUAUGGGAUGCAGACAGUCUUUUCCAGCUCGGGACGUUCGCGAUUCCACUCCACGAACUGCUGCGGCAAGGGAAAAACGUCAAGAAAUUCCAAGCGGAAGUGGCGAUUUCUCCUCCGCUUGGCGGUACAAUGGCAUCGGAUCAUUGUGGAGGUGACGAAGGUGCAGUCUGCUCCGUUCCUGACACGAAGCGUACAGUGGAGGGAGAGAACAUUGGGAGGAUUCAACUGCUAAUGACUCAGCCUCGAAAACCCAAGCACCGCGUUCGUGCUCGUCCGCUGGUUGAAUCCAACGCUGAGCUCUAUCGUCUUCUGUCUCAGGAAGGUUUCUAUGGGGAACGCAUCGCUAAAGAUCUUCGGGAGCGGAAGGAGCCUCAAACUCGUCAACGACAGAAUUUCAGCGACACUAACACGCUCACACCAAAGGAGAUUGCUAUUCUGUGCGAGUUGUUCGGGUCGCGUAAGUCUAAAGGCAGUGAGGGGGUGCAGUCAACUGGAGUCCGUCCUACUCGGAUCCAGUGCGACGUGGAGAGUAAAACCGGGCUGCUAGCUCUACUGUCGCUACGACCGCCAGAAACUCAGAAACAACAGCCCCAUACGUCUGCUUCGGACCAUGCUCAACGCUUGAAACGAGUGAUGGCGAUUGCGACGAAGAACCACCUCGCACUGGCGGAUGCGUUCGCACUCUUCGACGUCAAUAAAGACGGCGUGUUGUCUCGAGAUGAGUUUAUCAAGGCCUUGCGAUCACUGGGAACAGUGUUUGACGAUCUCUCAGACGAAGAUUUGGGUCUUCUUGCAGAUUUACUGGACACGAACAAGGACGGCCAGAUCGCCACGGAGGUGGUGCCCUUGCUGUCGUACUUUGGAUUUGUGGAUGAGGAUAAUCAAGUGGAUACCCAGGAGCUGUGCGCUCUGCUGUUAGAGAAAGCGAAAGAGCAAGGGGUUGACUUGAAAAAGAGUUUUGCUCAUUUCGACGCUAACGGGGACGGUGAAAUUACUCGUGCUGAGCUGAAGCGUGGUUUAGUGGCUCUUGGGUGCUUUAAAGACAUGGAGGAGGCUGACUUUGACUUGCUGUUGGAGCAACUGGACGAGGAUGGCAAGCUGAUGACCAAACUCAAAGCGUUGAUGGAACAGGCCGUUGCAAAGGGGGUCUCUAUCGACGCGUGCUUCGCUCAUUUCGACAAGGAUGGGGACGGGAAUAUCAAGACGGAGGAGUUUGUGACUGCUAUGACGGAGCUGGGCUUUGCAGCGGAUAAGUCUGUGAUUUGUGGCGUUCUCAAGCUCCUCGAUCGCAAUGAAAGCGGAACUAUUUCGCUCUCGGAGUUCAAGCAGCUCUUCCCUGCUGAGGCGAGUGGAGUUGACGUCAAGAAGUGCUUUGCGCAUUUCGACAGUGACAACAGCGGAGUCAUUACGAAAGAGGAGUUCGUCAACGCUAUGAAGCAGCUCCCCGGGUUUGAGAACGUUCCGGAUGAAGAAACGUUGGAGAUUGUCAAGAAACUCGACGAGGAUGAAAGCGGAAGUGUGUCGCUAGAGGAAUUUGAAGCUUCGCUGAGCAAGGAGGCUUCGGACGGGCUGGCGCAACUGAAAAAGCUGCUUCAAACUGCGUCCGCAAAGGGCGUCUCCAUCCAGCAGUCCUUCAAUCAUUUCGACAAGGAAGCCAACGAGUUUGUUGCAUACGAUGAAUUCGUGACAGGACUACGGGAACUGGGCACCGACUUCGCCAAUCUUUCGGUUGAGGACGUCGUCGCAAUGGCCAAGUCGCUGGACUGUAAGCAACAGAAUGGACUUCCUCGGGUACCAGCAAAGAAGCCCCCGAGACCAGCGUCCGGCGCUCAAACAGCAAGUCUCGACUGUAACUACGCAUUUAACAGCAACCCCGAGAUUCGCGCGGUCGAGCUGAAGUUGCGUCAAACUGCUCUUGAAGCGUAUCAGCGUGGUAUCUUACCGCUGCGUGUAGUCUCCAAAUUCCUGGAAGAUGCCGACGAUCGUCGUGGUCAAGUACCUGGUCGGGAACACAGGCGCAAAAGGAAGAGCGAACUGCUGCGAGUGGAGUUUCUUCAGGUUUUAAUGGAGCUUGGCUUCACGUUACUGUCGGAUCGAGACGAAGAGCACGAAAGCCUCAGCGAAGGAGGAAUGCCCACGCCUAUAACGAGGAUGAACGAUCACUUGUAUGCUCGACAACUGGAACGUCUGUCACGCUACAGACAACACGUUAAAAGUGACGAGGCCAAAGCCCACAAGCAACUAGUUCGUGCUGUUGCAAAGACCAAGAAACGCCAGCAACACGGCAACCAGCAAGCAGAAGAAAGUCUCCGCCGCUUCGAGGACGAGAAGAACCAGUUGCUGCGUGUCUUGUCGUACUACCGUGACGGUCACAAGAAGUCGCUCGUGUAUUCUCUGCUGCGCCAACAAGUGACCACGUCGCUCACUUUGUUCCCGUCCUUCGGCGAUCUCUUGUUCUUCGAGCUGCCGUUCACCAAUCCGUACAACCACAACGAUCGCUUCCGACUUGAGCUUCUGCUUCCUUCCUCCAGAGAGAUCGCAGUGGUCUUGGAUCUAGAGAUCGUGCGUAAUAGUGAGGAGUGGGCGUUCUAUCGAGAAAACCUGCCGCUUUCUUACGGCUUCAUCACUUCAAACGCUCACAUCGAAGACGAAAUGAUCGACGACCACAACGAAGUCGUCAUGGAGUCCCACGACCAGCUCCAUCUCCCCAUGCGUCUACGUUGGCUUGACACCGGCAUGGAGGGGAAGAAGUCGAAGAUCCCAGUGUCCGUCGUGGUCAAAAGCUGCUCACACGGACACACUGUAGCUCUGUUCAACAUGGAGCUGCGCCCACAGCCGUUUGUCUGUCACCGCGUGUUGCGCUUUUCCCAUCCAGCGUCGUCGAUCUGGCGCUGGAAACUGAGAUACCCGAAAGGCAAGUUCGUCGUGUGCAUGGAUCCCAGUGUAGCGAUGGAAUUACUACGCAGUGGUGACGACCAAGCCAGCAACAGUGGUCUUGUGAGCUUCAAGUGUCGAGUAGGGGACUACCCAGCACUCGAAACCUUCUUUGUUGUCUUGUACGACGACGUGUACUACGCGCGGGUGUUUGAAGUGUGGCAGAUCCGUAUCCAGUCCAAACUUCGGGUUGACGUGCAGGCAGUUCUAGGCCAAAGUGUGCGCCAUGAACUCGUCAUCAAAGGGGACGGAGGCCCAUCUGGUCAUAAGCGUCACGUCAUGUGCUUCACGCCCAUGCAGCACCGCGAGUUCGUGCAGUUCCGACCAGCUCAAGUGUUUACGUUGAUGCCGCAAGCCUUCAAUCGCAUCGAGUUUGCCUUCUGUGCGGUCGAGAAUGGAGCUGACACGCAGAUGGUAAUGCUAGUGAACCUCGUGGACGUGGAGACCCACGAGCUCGUAGGGGCUUGGAGUGUUCACGUGACGCUUGCGUUGCCUGUCAUUACUAAGACGUACGACCUGCGACUGCCAGUGGGUCGAGCUGCACAGAAGAAAAUCUCGUACUCGAAUCCCUGGGAUCAGCCACAGACCAUCAUGCUGCGCUCCAGUGCACCCAAGCUGCUAGUGCCGCGCGAGCCUGUGCUACAGCUGCCUAGUAAUGGCCAAGCCUUCUUGAGACUUGCCUUUGCUGCCCGUAAUCUCUCGGAAUCAGCGUCCCAGGACAUCUACUUGUUCAUCAACGACAAGCGGACAGAUCAGAACGAAGAGUGUUUGCUCUUCCAGGUUACCUACCAUUGA